AUGCCAGUCGGUGGUCGCGUUGCCGGUAAAGGGGGUGGCGUUUACAACUCCUCGCACAAUGGUCGCAGCCGAAGUGGCAUCAACGAGACGAUAAUCUGGACGUGCGUUGGCAUGGGUAUAACGAUAACGAUCCUGAUAACGAUAGCCCUGUGCUACAUAGCACGCGAAAAGUGCAAGAAACGCCACGAGCCGUACAGAUGACGCAU